AUGACUUUAGAAACGAUUCCAAAGGAUUUAAGAGGCUUAAGAGCUUGUUUGGUAUGCUCAUUGAUAAAGUCCUUUGAACAGUUCGAGUGUGAAGGCUGUGAUAAUUGUGAUGAAUUCUUAAGAAUGAAGAACAAUCGAGAUAACGUGUAUGACUGUACAAGUUCUAACUUUGAUGGAAUGAUAUCGAUGAUGAGCCCUGAGGACAGUUGGGUGGCUAAGUGGCAAAGAAUAAAUCGCUUUUGUAAAGGUGUCUAUGCUAUAUCCGUAUCUGGACGAUUACCAAAUGGUAUUAUAAGGGAAAUGAAAAGUCGGGGCAUCGUUUACCGCCCUAGAGAUACCAGUCAGAGAUGAAUCAUUGGAUUUUGUUGCCGUAUUUAUUAAGCUUGAUGGUAAGAUGAGAUAUAUGUAAUAAGAAAAAUAAAUUUAUAUUAAAGACGAA